UGCUUCGCCCGGUUUACACUGGUUUUGACAGAGCAAGGGAGAGCAAACGGAGCCAUGGCGUCUGCUUCUUACACAGAGGAUUGGAAUUGUUCCAUCUGUGUGACAUUCUUCACGGAUCCUGUAGUGCUUCUAUGUGGCCACUCUUUCUGCAGAGAAUGUAUUAAUCUUUCUCUGAGUUCACAGCGCCAGUGUCCACAGUGUCGAGCAGAUGUUCCAGAAACGGGGAAAUGUCUUCCAACCAAUCACAGUUUGAAAAGUCUUGUUGAAAAAGAAGUCGACAAGUUGAGGAGAGAGCAUGAACAUGUCAAAGAGGUUGAUGAAUGGUUGUGCCAUGAACAUGAAGAAAGGCUGAAGCUGUUCUGCGUCACUGAUCAGCAGUUAGUUUGUAUCAUAUGCCGUGACGGAGAGAAGCAUCAAGGGCACAAGUUUACACCAGUCAAAGAAGCAGCCGCACCUUUGAGGGAGAAGUUGGAGGCAUAUAUGCAAGGCAUUGCUGAUGAUGUCAAUGCUACAGCGAGGCUGGCCAACACACAGAGGGAGGAGAUAGCAAAAACCAAAGACAAGGCUCAGCAGCUGACGACCCAGAUCAGCACACAGUUUAAGGAGAUGCACCAGUUUCUAUGGAAGAGAGAAGAUGAGAUCAAAAAUGACCUGAAACUCAAAGAGGAAAAUGCUCUGGAGGAAAUGAGCGACACAUUAAAUACCAUGGAAACUGCUUUGACUGAGAGCAGAGUUCUAGAGGAAAACGUACCGUGUGUUCUUGAAAUCACAGAUUCAGAGAGGUUCAUAAAGAGCUGGACUGAGAAUAAAGGCGAGGGGACUCUGGAACAUUUAUUCAGACCCAGAGCCAAUGAGUUAAAAGUGGUUAAUGACUCUCUCACUUUGGGGCCGUAUGAAAGUCACCUGCAGUUCUUCAUGUGGAAGGAGAUGCUUCAGGUCGUUCAGCCCCGAGCGGAACUUCUUUCACUCAGAAGUGGCAUUCAGAACAUAACAGUGUCUAAUGACGGGAGGAAUUUGAUGUAUAGUCCCAUAAUCAUCAAAGAGCCGCGUUGCGGUAACAAGCCUGUACAGAAUACAAGCUCAUACUACAGCAACGUUCACUAUCCUGUAGUAAAUGUCUCUUGCAGGGAGGACACCUCAGUACGGGUUGCUUCUGCAUUCAGCUCCAAUGACUUCACCUCAGGGCAGCAUUACUGGGAAUUAGAGGUUGGAGAACGGGACUAUUGGAAAGUAGGAUUAGAAAACUAUUACUUGAGCUAUAAUCAAAACAAUUAUGUCACAUCAGAUCACACACAGUUAACAUUGACAGGAAGACCACAGAAGAUUGGGAUUUACCUAGACUGCCUAUCAAAGAAGCUGUCUUUCUAUGAUGCAGAAAACAUGACUCAUAUUUACACUAUGAGUACGUCUGUGCCCGCGAAAGCAUAUUUUGAAUACAAAUUUAGUCAGGGAGCAGAUCAUAACCCCCUCAGAGUGUGCUGGUUCUAAAGUCUGGGAUCAUGGGGCAACAGGAAAUUCCCAAGCUGCGGCAAAACUUCCUAGAUUGGUUCUUAGCUUUCUCAUCCUUUCGCUGUUUGUAUUGAUUUCUAACAUUAUCCUCCUGAUUACCAAAGAACCCUACAUUUGUAGUAAUGAAGUAAUUUGAAAGACUGUUGCUGAACCACCUGAAGAACACUGCAGGCCCUCUUCUGGACCCCCUGCCAACAGGUUAGUCUUUUACAUGGGACAGCACUACAUCCUGCAUCCCUCCACUCCCCAGGGACUUGAAAUCUGGUCUGAAUUUACCCAGCUGACUGUGCCUGCCUCUUCCUUUCAUUGGAUCAUAAACUUUCGGAGAGUAAGGAAGCUGCAGGUGAUGCUGAGCACCUGGGAAGUCAGCACUGACAUCCUCUCAGGGCUCAUUUCUCUCCCAACUGGUCUUCUCAUGCCACACCGUCUGUUCAAACUCCUGAAAUUUGUAGAUUUCUCAACAGCCAUCGGCCUCUUUUGAGUCGGUGAUGAGCCUCUGGUGUGGACACGACAAUCUGGAGCUGAUAUGCUCAAAACUGUUGAGAUGACUCAAGAGAAGCAUGAGAUGAUGAGAGCCAUCAGAAACCCAACUCAGAUGCUGAUUCUAAAUACCAACAAGCACAUCAGAUAGGGGAGUUGAUUAUUCUUCGCACUGUUAUUUCUUACAUGGGAUUCUGCUUUCUCAGUUUUGCUCCUUUCUUUUUCAAUUUAUUUACCCUUGCGCUGCCCAUGAUGUUUUAUGUCACUUUACUAAACUGCAUAAUCUAAAAUGAUUUGUUGUUUAACAUGUCUUGGGCAGAAUAUACCAUUAGUGUGGCUGUAUACAAAAGUAGACACUCUGUAACUUACAAUAAUAAUAAUGAUAAAGAAAAGUAAAGAAAAAGCACAAAGUAAAAAUAAAUGAUACUCUAUUGUGUAAUCUACACAGGAUUUAUGAAAAAAUGACGACUUGUGUGUUGCUGUGUAUUGUUCCUUUAGUGGGACGUUUGUGCUUCCCUGUGGAGAAUGUUGUAAAUACACUUUCUGAGUCUAAAACUAAAUGGUGACGAAGAGGGAAGGUUUGUGCUCAUGUGAUGAUCCAAAAGGAUUGUAAUUGAUUUUGUGCAACUGAUAUAUAUGCAAAUAAAACAUUUUGUGGCAAAUACUCUCGCAUAUACUGAAAUAAAUACAAUCUACCACUACUUUAGAUGGGUGUAUUGUGAAUGGCAGGGGAAAGGGCACUAGACACAACAUAUGGACAUGAGAGGGACAUGAUGUGGAUGAGAUUAACACUGCUGUAUGUCCACUGUAUGUCUGUAAGUACAUCAUACAUAGAGAGAAUAUACACGUUCACCUUACAUUGAAUUUCGUGUAAAAAAAAAGAUAUAUGGUAAGAUUUCUUCAUGAGAUCAUGUGAAGAGUCACAUAUAAAGAAAAACAAGCAUAUAGAAAAUAAACGUUAUUGGUAAUAAAAAUACUUUUAGGAGACUGUGGAUUGAGUUUCUCUUGCUCUGAGACAAUGUUAGUGUUGUGAUGCAAAAGUUGUCUUAUGAGGUGUUGUAGUUGCGUUAGUGUAUUUUCAGUGUGAGCUCAACUGCCGGGCUGAGCUGCAUGUCACCAGAGAGCGCUGUUUGAGGAGUCUGGAGAAAGUGAUCUCAGUAAAGAGAGAUGUGGCUUAACAAACAUUACAAAAAGAAAGAAAAAACCCUGCACUUUCAACACCCUACCACUAGAGUGUGACAUUACAUUCAUUAACUUAAUGGUUCAAGUAAAGAGAAGAUGUGUGAAUAAAAGCAGUAUUUUUCUCUCUUUGUUGAGACGACCUGUAAAUCUGUUGGAAGUACUAGAGUGUUAUUCUGGGUGCUCAUCUUCCUCUGUAGGGUUGGAGUGACGACUGAAGUGAGUGAUACAUGUGGGUGUGUCUUUUCUGGGAAGUCGAGAGUUGAAAACCACACCAGUCAGAUCAGGGAGAAAAACAUCAGCCAUGGCGACGUCAGAUCUUUACUCCGAACAUUUGACUUGCUCUGUCUGCCACAGCAUCUUCACUGACCCAGUGACUCUCAUCUGCAGACAUUCUUUCUGCCAGCACUGUAUCACAGAUGUUCACAGUGUGAACAAAGGCCAACAGUGUCCACAGUGUCGGACAGCUAUUCCAGCGGAGGGGACAUGUCUUCAAACCAGCCACAUUCUGAAAGGCCUCUCUGAAAAGGCCAAAGAAGGAAAGAAGAUGAUGAAAACAAGAACGCAUGGACAUGAACCUGCUAUACGCACCUUAUUUUUGUCUUGUUUAUGAUAAAAGCAUGAGUUGGCCCAUUUUUUGUUAAGCUGGUGGAUGCUGUUUUACCAGAUUUAUCUGGCUGUUUGUGUUUAUGGAUAUGAACCUGCAAAGCACCUUAUUUCUGCUUGGAAAUGUUGUUGAAGGCUUAUUUACUAUUAUUGUGAUGGAUACUGUUUCAAGAUGUUCAGUUUACAUUAUGCAUUUUGGGAUAUGGACCUGCUGUAACUACCUAAUUUCUGCUUGGAAUUGAUUUUGAUAGUUUCCUGAACAGGCUCAUUUAUUGUUAAUCUGAUAUCUGAAUACUAGUAUACUAUUUUCAAAUUGUUUUCUACAUUUGUGGAUAUGGACAUGUCAGAAAAACACUGUCUCAUUUUUUGUUUAUGUUUUUUAUGUAACUUUUGCACUUCUGUAUCAAAGCUUGAUAGCCUUCCUGUGUUUUGGAAUGGAAUGACAGUCUGUAACUGAUUAUAUAAAGUGAAAGAAAAGA